AUGCCGGACCUCAAGGUCCCGGGCGAAUGCCGCUGCAGUGGAGCAGCAGCUGAGCUGCCCGUUGCGCUACGCAACGCCACCGCGGUGCUCAAAGCGAAUGAUGCCACCGUAUACGUGCUGGGCGUGUCGCACGUUUCGGCGGUCGCAUGCGACCAGAUCAAAGAGCUGGUGGCAGCCGUGAAGCCCGAGGUGGUGGUUGUGGAGGUGUGCAAGGACCGCACCCCGCUCCUGGUGGACCCGGAGACCAUGACUAAGGCCCCCGACACCUGGACGUGCACCCGCAUCGACUUCGACGGCCUGCCGAGCGCCAAGAAGGACGGCGAUAACGACGAGGAGAAAGACAAGGACGACAAGGACAAGGAGAAGACACCAGAGCAGAAGGCCGCGGCAGCUGCCGAGAAGGCGCUCGCGAGGGAGGUGUGGCCGACCGCCGAGGACCUCGCGCCGCUCCUGCGCACGCGCAUCGGGCGCAUCAUCACGACCUCCGAGGUCGAGGGGGAUGUCGCGACGCUCGAGGCGACGGGCCUCUUCUCGCGCGUCCGGCCGGCGUGCGACGCGGGGCGGCCGGGGGACGCGCCGCUGUUCUGCGCCGUCAAGGCGGAGGGCGAGGCGGGCGGGCUGGAGUUGGAAUACGUCGCGCCGCUCGGCUGCACGCGGUUCGUGGUGCAGCCGCGCAGCCUGCCGGCGAUCAAGAGCCUGGGGGUGCGGCUGGACAGCAGCCUCAAGGCGUCUGGCGUGACCCAGGAGCAGCUGGACGAGGUGGCGGCAGAGGCGCUCGCCGCGGCCACCGCCGACCCGCCGCGCACCCCUCUGCUGGUGUACCUCGCAGCCCGCAAGCGGCUCAUCGACUUGGUGCGCGGUUCGCAGCAGCAGCAGCAGGGCCAGCAGCAAGAGGGCGCAGAGGCGCUCCAGCAGCAGCAGCAGCAGCAGGAUGGUGGCAGCGGCAGCAGCGGCGCCGAUGACGUCAUCGUCGACUUCACAGGAAUCGACAGCGGCAAGGCGGAGGCUGUCGUCCGCGCGCGCCGCCUCGGCGACGGGGACGCGCCGUUUGUGUCUGGCCUUGAGUCCAGCGCAGAGGAGGGCGCGGACAUCGAACGCUUCCGCCCCAUGCGGCGCGGCGUGCAGCUGUCGCCGCGCAUGAGCCUGCCGGCCGAGGCCGCGGCGCGGAUGAACGCGAUCAAGGCGGCCAGGCGGGCGGAGGCGGCGAUGACGGCGCGCGGCGCGGCGGCAGGCGGCGUCAGGCCCUACUACUUCCGCUGGUGGCGGCCCGAGGAGGUCGCCCCUGCUGACCUGACAACCCCCGAGCCGGACCCUUCAAAGGAUCUGCUGGCCAUGGUGCUCACGCGCGCCUACUCAGGCCUGCAGGCCAAGGCCGGCCGCGCCGCGGGCGUCGAGUCGGGCGCGGCGUGGCGGGCCGCGAUGCGGGCGGCGACCGAGCACGGGGCGUCGCAGGUCAUUUUGGGCGACCGCCCGGCCAUGAUCAGCCAGCGGCGCCUCGCCGACGCCAUGUUCCCGGAGACCGCCGCCCGCCUCGGCGGUGCGCUUGCGCUGCUCGCCGCCGCCGCCGUCGCCGGCAACGUUGGGCCGCUGCCAGACCUGCUGGACGGCGCGCUGCCCGGCGCGGGCGCCGGCGCGGGCGCGGCGGCGUUGGCCGUCGGCCUCGCAGCGGCGGCGGCGGUGCUGUGGCCGGUGGUGGGGCCGCUGGUGGAGGUGUGGCAGUUUUCGAAGCUGGACGGGCCCGCAGUGGAGGACGCGGUGGCAGUGAAGGAGCCCAUCCAGGCCAACCUGGACAAGCCCCUGCUGUUCUGGGGGGAGGAUGCCCUGCUGCGCUGGCCCGGUGUCUGGACGCCGCUCAUCGCCGAGCGCGACGCCUACAUGGCCCGCGUUGCCGCCGCCGCCGCGACCGGCGCGCCGACGGGCGCGCCGGCGUACGUCGCUGACGAGGCGAACGGGCAGCUGGUCUGGCGGUACGCGAUGGCCCGGGACGCCCCCGAGGGCUCCGCGCCAAAGGGGCUGGGCGAGGGCGAGUACCUGCCGCCGGCGGGCGCCAAGAACGUGGUGGUCGUGGUCGGGACGGCGCACGUGCGAGGCAUGUGCCGCGAGUGGGAGACGGCGCUGGCGCGGCCAGGGGAUGUCGGGAAGCUUGCGCCUGCUGCGGAACAGCGGCCGGACAAGGAGUGA